AUGGAGCAGCCGGGCUCCGCGCCUCUAACUGCUGCGAGCCUGGCUCAAUCUACCCCCGAGCCCAUCUCAACACCCGAUGCGUCUAUCGGAACGAAGAACAGCCAAUCUCCUUCCCCCAAAUCGGCCACAUCAAACUCACACUCGAACUCGUCAAGGCGCCCGCCGCGGAAGAGCACCUUGACGCAACAGCAAAAGAACCAGAAGCGACAGCGCGCCACCCAGGAUCAACUGACGACGCUGGAGGUAGAGUUCAACAAGAACCCGACACCUACUGCCAAUGUCCGCGAGAGGAUAGCCGAUGAAAUCAACAUGACCGAAAGGUCUGUUCAGAUUUGGUUUCAGAACCGACGCGCCAAGAUUAAGCUCUUGGCUAAGAAGAGUCUGGAGACCGGCGAGGAUAUCGAUUCGAUUCCCGAGUCCAUGCGCGCGUAUCUCGCUAUGCAGGCGAUGGAAUCAGGCAAGGGGCUCGGCGGCCCAUACAUGGGACGUACUGGCUUGAUGGCCUAUGGUUCAAUGAUGCUGGGUGGUGAGCAGGGCGGCCAGGGCAAAGUCCUCAUCCACCACUUGACAUGUCGAUCUUUGAGCAUUGGAAAAUGGACACGCGUCGGACAGAACACGAUGGACCUCAUCAUCUUCUACUCGCCUGAGAAAUGCACCAUGACCUACUACAUCAACAACGACCAAGCUGGCUACAAGAUCGAGUACCACUUCAGUGCGAUCAAGAACAUAUACCUGGAAAACGCCGAAGGGGACGCCAGCAAGCUUGGCGGCCUCGUCAUUGAGCUCAAUCGUCCUCCCAACUUCUUCAUGGACUCAUCCCCGAACUCGAACGGCUUCUUCCAGUGUGGAGACUUUACGGAAGACCAGCAGGCAACUCACUGUUUUGUGCACCAUCUUGGCGGUAACCCAAAGGUUUUGGCCGGCCAGCUUGCGAAACUGGUCUCGCUUGAGACCUUCAUGAACCGACACCACCCUCACCCCUUCGACAUGGGUAGCCACGCAUUGUCCGUCUCUGCACCUGUGUCUCCCACGAACCGGCCGUCCUCGCAGCCCAACUUCGCCCAGCCCCAUGUGGGUAUGUUCCAAGAAUCGCAAUGGGGAAUCAGUCCCAUGCACCACGGCAUGCGCGGUGGUCCUGGUCACAAGCGACAGCGUAGCAGAUCUGUGCCCACUGCUGUUGAUUUCUCAAUGUUCCAGAAUCCGAUGCCUUCAUUCUAUAUCCAACACCCAGGCGAGAACUUACCUCAGGCUCACAGCACCCAUAUAUACUCGCCGGUGCCCCAACAGCCCCAUCUCAACAACGUGGGCCCCAACCUGCGAAUCGACACGCAGGCUAGCUAUGGUAUGGACCUGCGGCAAUACCCUAUGUCGGCUGCUACAACAGCCCCUUCGGAAUACGCAAGCCCCAGUUUCUUCUCGCAAGCUCCCGAACACACGCCGCUGCCUGUACAUACCCCCUACAGCGGCUCGUUCCUUUCGCCUAUGCCCCAGAUCCCGCACCCUGCAUCGCCAUUGCCCUACGCUCACCACCACCACGGUGACCCUGCUAUUGUCGAGCAAUCGCCACCGAUGUCGAUGAUGCAAAGACCAGCUUCUGCAGACAUCUACCCUAUGGGCGACUCGGCGAUUUCAGAUGAUGGACACAGCUUGAACGAGAUGUACUCCAAGCACACCCUUAAUCUCCCCAUGCACCCACACUCCCCUGCCUACGGUGACUCUAGCCAGGCGGACUUGGACAUGAACCAACUGGUUCAAUUUGACACAGUUGACCCUUCCAGUCUCUCCCCGGAGAGCAUGUCGCAUCACCAAUGA